AUGGGUAAGGCUAAGAAGACCAGAAAGUUUGCGCUUGUGAAGCGGACAUUGAAUGCAAAGAAGGAUUCAAGACUCAAAUCGAACCAGGCAAAAGAGGUUAAGAAAGAUGAUCCUGAGUUGACUAAAAACAUUCCACAAGUAUCCAGUGCAUUGUUCUUCCAAUAUAAUGAAGCUAUCAAGCCUCCAUAUCAGGUACUCAUCGAUACAAAUUUCAUCAAUUUCUCUAUUCAAAAGAAGAUUGACAUAGUGAAAGGUAUGAUGGAUUGUCUUUUGGCCAAGUGUAACAUAUUGAUAACAGACUGUGUGAUGGCUGAAUUAGAGAAGUUGGGUCCCAAGUAUCGUAUAGCGUUGAAGCUAGCUCGUGAUCCGCGAAUCAAGAGGCUAAGUUGUUCGCAUAAGGGUACUUAUGCGGAUGACUGUAUUGUUCAUAGAGUGUUGCAGCACAAGUGUUACAUUGUUGCCACGAACGAUGCUGGUUUAAAGCAGAGAGUGAGGAAAGUGCCGGGGAUCCCAUUGAUGAGUGUUGGAGGACACUCCUAUGUGAUUGAGAAGCUACCGGGUGUGUUCUAG